ACUUGCGCAUGCGCUUGCACUGUGUAGGAAACGGAAAUUAGGUGACCUGUCGAUAUCGAUAGAGAACCAGUAUCGUCAGUAUAGUAUAAUAAUCCGUUGUCUACGUUACUGAAUUAAAAGGAAAAGUCUACAAAAUCAUGGCCGAUAAUCAGAAUGACGAUCUUGCAACAGCUAUCCUUCGCAAAAAGGAGAAGCCAAAUAGAUUGGUCGUUGAAGAGGCAAUUAACGAAGACAAUUCUGUUGUAAGCCUUUCUCAAGCAAAAAUGGACGAACUUCAGUUAUUUAGAGGAGACACUGUAAUGUUGAAGGGAAAGCGUCGUCGAGAUACAGUAUGUAUUGUUCUCUCCGAUGAUACAUGCCAGAGUGAUAAAAUUAGAAUUAAUCGCUGCGUGAGAAACAAUUUGAGAGUAAGAUUGGGAGAUAUUGUAAGUGUUCAGGCUUGUCCUGACGUAAAGUACGGUAAAAGAGUUCAUGUCUUACCAAUAGAUGACACAGUUGAAGGAUUAACAGGAAAUCUAUUCGAAGUUUACCUUAAACCAUACUUUAUGGAAGCUUAUAGACCAAUCAGAAAGGGUGAUAUUUUUCUUGUAAGAGGUGGCAUGCGAGCUGUUGAAUUCAAAGUAAUCGAAACGGACCCUUCUCCUUAUUGUAUAGUUGCACCUGAUACCGUGCUACACACGGAAGGUGAACCAGUUAAAAGAGAAGAGGAGGAGGAAAACUUGAACGAAGUUGGCUAUGACGAUAUCGGAGGCUGCCGAAAACAAUUGGCUCAGAUUAAAGAAAUGGUUGAACUCCCUCUUAGACAUCCUCAAUUAUUCAAAGCUAUCGGUGUAAAACCACCACGUGGUAUUCUUUUGUACGGACCUCCAGGAACGGGAAAAACAUUAAUUGCUAGAGCGGUAGCAAACGAAACUGGCGCAUUUUUUUUCUUAAUCAAUGGACCUGAAAUUAUGUCUAAAUUAGCGGGUGAAAGCGAGUCAAAUCUGAGAAAAGCUUUUGAAGAAGCAGAGAAAAAUGCUCCCGCUAUAAUUUUCAUUGAUGAAUUAGACGCUAUUGCUCCAAAGAGAGAAAAGACUCAUGGUGAAGUUGAGAGACGUAUUGUUUCCCAGCUUUUAACCCUUAUGGACGGUCUUAAGCAACGUAGUCAUGUAAUUGUUAUGGCAGCAACUAACCGCCCUAACUCUGUAGAUGGAGCUCUCAGAAGAUUCGGUAGAUUCGACCGAGAAGUAGAUAUUGGAAUACCUGACGCCACAGGAAGAUUGGAAAUUUUGAGAAUCCAUACCAAAAAUAUGAAGCUCGCUGAUGAUGUUGACCUAGAACAAGUUGCAGCUGAAACUCAUGGUCACGUUGGAGCUGAUUUAGCUGCCUUAUGUUCUGAGGCUGCUCUCCAACAAAUAAGAGAAAAAAUGGACCUUAUUGACUUGGAAGAUGAACAGAUUGACGCUGAGGUCUUGGACAGUCUAGCUGUCUCUCAGGAGAACUUUAGAUGGGCCUUGGGUAAAUCUAAUCCUUCGGCUCUAAGAGAAACCGCAGUCGAGGUUCCAUCAGUCACUUGGGAAGAUAUUGGUGGUUUGGAAAAGGUAAAGAAGGAGCUUCAGGAACUUGUUCAGUACCCUGUGGAACAUCCUGAUAAAUUCUUGAAAUUCGGAAUGACUCCAUCAAAGGGUGUUCUUUUCUAUGGCCCUCCUGGAUGUGGUAAAACUCUAUUGGCUAAAGCUAUUGCCAAUGAAUGUCAGGCAAACUUCAUCUCUAUUAAAGGUCCUGAACUCCUCACGAUGUGGUUUGGAGAAUCGGAAGCUAACGUUCGAGAUAUUUUCGAUAAAGCAAGAGCAGCUGCUCCCUGCGUUCUCUUCUUUGAUGAGUUAGAUUCAAUUGCCAAAUCUAGAGGAGGAUCUGUUGGUGAUGGAGGAGGCGCUGCUGACCGUGUUAUCAAUCAGUUGUUGACUGAAAUGGAUGGUAUGACAUCUAAAAAGAACGUGUUCAUAAUUGGCGCCACCAAUCGACCCGAUAUAAUAGAUGGAGCUAUUCUUCGUCCUGGUCGUCUUGAUCAAUUGAUCUAUAUACCAUUACCGGAUGAUGGAUCUCGUAUUUCUAUUUUGAAGUCUAAUUUAAGAAAGAGUCCUGUUGCGGACGAUGUAGAUUUAGCCUAUCUGGCAAAGACAACGCGCGGAUUUUCAGGAGCCGAUUUGACGGAAAUUUGUCAACGAGCUUGUAAGCUAGCCAUCAGAGAAAGCAUUAAUGAGGAAAUCAAGAGAGAAAAAAGACGUACUGAAAAUCCUGACGGUAUGGAUGAUGAGUGCGAUCCUGUGCCAGAAAUUAGAAAAGAUCAUUUUGAAGAAGCUAUGAAAUUUGCUAGAAGGUCUGUUACUGAUAAUGAUGUUCGUAAAUACCAGAUGUUCGCUCAGACUUUACAACAAAGCCGAGGAUUUGGAACAAACUUUCGCUUCCCAAGUGAACAGGGUUCCAGUGACCAGCAAGCUGGAGGAAGCGGAGGUUCCAAUUUUCAACAGGGUGAAGACGAUGACCUAUAUAACUAGACUUUUUGUAAACUUUUCAGUAUGCGUGAUACGUUCGUAAUUUCUUGUCCGGUCAAUUACAAACAGUACUUACAACAAAAUAAAUAAACAGCGAUAUGUACUUUAUUGUUUAUUGAAGUAACUUACAUGGAAGCGCUGUGUACCUUUGAAUGCAAUACAGAUAGUUUGAUUGCAAGCAUCUAAUAAUUUUUCUUGUAACAAAAAUUUGUUGAUUUGAUAAUGCCUUAUCUUGAACAGAUAAUAUAGAUUUAAGAAAAUAAAAAUCAAUCUAUAAAUCGUAUCUUGAAAAUGUACACUCUUCAAGGUCUCUGCUUGAAUGAAAGUUGGCUGUAAUAAAAUUGAAAUUAAACUGC